GGGGUUUUUCUGCACAAAUAGGGGAGCUAGAGUUUGCUUCAAGGCAUCAGUUGACGUCCAUGAUCGUGGAAAUGCUGGCGUAAGGCCUUCAGGAGAUGAUGGAGAAAAAAUGGACCUACUGUGCUGUCUGUUCCAUCAUCCAGAUACAUUUCGUCAGGGGAGUAUGGGAAAAAGCAACCAAUACAGAAGACAUCUAUGCUUCCCCUGGCUCUGAUGUCAACCUGACCUGUCAAACGUGGAAGAAAGGCUUCUUGGUGCAGAUGCAGUGGUCCAAGGUCACUGAUAAGUUGGAUCUGAUUGCCCUUUAUCAUCCUCAGUAUGGCUUUCACUGUAGUAAUGGCGGUCCCUGUGAGUCACUGGUGACUUUCACAGAAACUCCCAGAAAUGUGUCCACGUGGACUCUGCACUUAAAGAACAUGUCAUCCUCGCUCACUGGGAAGUAUGAGUGUAGCUUUACUCUGUAUCCAGAGGGUUUUCGGACUAAAAUCUACAACUUAAUCCUUCAGACAAGUGUCACACAGGAUGAAUUGAGAAGCAGCCAUAUAAUAGAAGUACAGAUAAAUCAGACUCUGGAAAUACCAUGCUUUCAAAACACCUCCUCAGAAAUUUCGUCUGAGUUCACCUUUGCAUGGUUGGUGGAAGAUAGCAGCAUUGACACCUGGGUCCCUCUUUUUGGGGGGACAAAGGAGAAUAAUGGAACUUGGGAAACACUCAUCACCCAAGGACACUCCAUCAGCAAUUCCACAUUGUUUAAAGACAGAGUCAAGCUAGGCACAGACUAUAAACUCUACCUCUCUCCAGUCCAAAUCCAUGAUGAUGACCGGAAGUUCUCCUGCCAUGUUGUGGUCAGAUCUGGCAAAAUCUUGAGGCGUUCCACCACAGUCAAGGUUUUUGCGAAGCCAGAAAUUCCCAUGAUUGUGGAAAAUAACUCUACAGAUGUCUUGAGAGAGAGAACAUUUACCUGCUCCCUGAGGAAUGUAUUUCCCACAGCAAAUCUCACAUGGUUUAUAGGAGGAGACUUUCCUCAAGGUGAAAAAGAAGGAAUAUACAUUACUAAUGAAGAGAGAAAAGACAAAGGUGGAUUUUUGGAGCUGAAGUCUGUUUUGACAAGGGUGUAUGGUAAUAAACCAGCCGAAUCAAACAACCUGACCAUCUGGUGUAUGGCUCUGUCUCCAGUCCCCGGAAAUGAAGUGUGGAAUAUCUCAUCUGAAAAGAUCACUUUUUCCUUGGGCUCAGUGAACCCUUCCGUAGGCCCUCUGCUUGAUGUUGUCACAUCAACCGUUGGCACCCAACCUUCUCCAGUCAACAGCAUGUCUCCUACAAGAUAUCCAGCUAUAUCUUCCAUAGCCGUUGGAGAAGUGGAUACCUCAACUCCAAAUACCACCCCUCAAACCAGCAAUUCCAGUGUGACUACUCAAGGCUUCAACUACUCCUGGACCCCUAGCGGGCAAGAUACCAAAAACUCUUCAUGGAUGCCCAGUGAAACAUAUAGUUCAUCCCCCUCAGGGGCAAAUUCAACAAAUCAUGGUGGUGUCUUCACCAGCACAAUCAGGACAUUUUCAGAAGUUCCCACAACUACCAAUGGAUCUACUAAAAAUAUUCACAUCCAUAUCACUGGUAUUGUGGUCAAUAAACCUAAAGAUGGAAUGUCCUGGCCAGUGAUUGUAGCAGCUUUGCUCUCUUUUUGCGUAGCGCUGUUUGGUCUCGGAGUGAGAAGGUGGUGCCAAUACCAGAAGGAAAUCAUGGAAAGACCCCCGCCUUUCAAGCCACCUCCACCUCCCAUCAAGUACACUUGCAUUCAAGAGUCCACGGGAAAUGAUCUGCCUUGUCAUGAGAUGGAGACGCUCUAAGAGCCGCUUGAGACUUGCCACAUAGAACUCUGCUAGAAUCCUGCGAGAAACUGGAUAUUGUGCUUUAUUAACAUAAUUGUCCUCUAGCCGAGCCUUUACUGCAGCUGCAGUGGAUGUCAGAAGUGAGUGACCUGUUUUCCCAGCAACUCAGCCCCUUUCAUCUGCAUGCCUGAAACUGAGCAAGAAUGAGGCGAAGUCAUGCUCAUACCCCAUGCGAUCUGUAGGAAUGUUCUUGCUUAUGUAAGAAGUGCAAAUGAGGCUGCUGUUAUUAAAAAA